AUGGGCAACUUGAAGAGCGUGGGCCAGGAGCCUGGGCCACCCUGCGGCCUGGGGCUGGGACUGGGCCUCGGGCUGUGCGGCAAGCAGGGCCCAGCCUCCCCGGUGUCUGAGCCCAACUGGACGCCAGCACCUGCACCCCUGCCUGAGCCAGACCACAGCCCCACCCUGGCUCUCAACAGCCCCCCGCCCACCCGGUCCCCGGAGGGGCCCAAGUUCCCUCGCGUGAAGAACUGGGAAGUGGGGAGCAUCACCUACGACACCCUGAGUGCCCGGGCACAGCAGGACGGACCCUGCACCCCAAGACGCUGCCUGGGCUCCCUGGUAUUUCCACGGAAACUGCAGGGACGGCCAUCCCAGGGCCCCCCACCCCCCGAGCAGCUGCUGAGCCAGGCCAGGGACUUCAUCGACCAGUACUACAGCGCCAUCAAGCGGAGCGGCUCCCAGGCCCACGAGCAGCGGCUUGAGGAGGUGGAAGCCGAGGUGGCAGCCACAGGCACCUACCAGCUUCGGGAAAGCGAGCUAGUGUUCGGGGCCAAGCAGGCCUGGCGCAACGCUCCCCGCUGCGUGGGCCGGAUCCAGUGGGGGAAGCUGCAGGUGUUUGACGCCCGUGAUUGCAGCUCUGCUCAGGAGAUGUUCACCUACAUCUGUAGCCACAUCAAGUAUGCCACCAACAAGGGCAACCUCCGCUCCGCAAUCACAGUGUUCCCCCAACGCACCCCGGGCCGCGGGGACUUCCGCAUCUGGAACAGCCAGCUGGUGCGCUACGCGGGCUACCGGCAGCAGGACGGCUCGGUGCGCGGGGACCCAGCCAACGUGGAAAUCACCGAGCUCUGCAUCCAGCACGGCUGGACCCCGGGAAACGGCCGCUUCGACGUGCUGCCCCUGCUGCUCCAGGCCCCAGACGAGUCCCCAGAACUCUUCACUCUACCCCCCGAGCUAGUCCUCGAGGUGCCCCUGGAGCACCCCACGCUGGAGUGGUUCGCGGCCCUGGGGCUGCGCUGGUACGCCCUCCCGGCCGUGUCCAACAUGCUGCUGGAGAUCGGGGGCCUGGAGUUCCCAGCGGCGCCCUUCAGCGGCUGGUACAUGAGCACGGAGAUCGGCUCGCGGAACCUGUGUGACCCGCACCGCUACAACAUCCUGGAGGAUGUGGCCGUCUGCAUGGACCUGGACACCCGGACGUCCUCGUCCCUGUGGAAAGACAAGGCGGCCGUGGAAAUCAACUUGGCGGUGCUGCACAGUUACCAGCUGGCCAAAGUGACCAUUGUGGACCACCAUGCCGCCACCUCCUCCUUCAUGAAGCACCUGGAGAACGAGCAGAAGGCGAGGGGGGGCUGCCCUGCCGAUUGGGCCUGGAUCGUGCCCCCCAUCUCGGGCAGCCUCACCCCUGUGUUCCAUCAGGAGAUGGUCAACUAUUUCCUGUCCCCUGCCUUCCGCUACCAGCCGGAUCCGUGGAAGGGGAGCACAGCCAAGGGUGCCGGCAUCACCAGGAAAAAGACCUUUAAGGAAGUGGCCAAUGCUGUGAAGAUCUCUGCCUCACUCAUGGGCACCGUGAUGGCCAAGCGUGUGAAGGCCACAAUCCUGUAUGGCUCUGAGACCGGCCGGGCCCAGAGCUAUGCACAGCAGCUGGGGAGGCUCUUCCGGAAGGCUUUCGACCCCCGGGUCCUGUGCAUGGAUGAGUAUGACGUGGUGUUCCUCGAGCACGAGACGCUGGUGUUGGUGGUGACCAGCACAUUUGGGAAUGGGGAUCCCCCAGAAAAUGGAGAGAGUUUCGCGGCGGCCCUGAUGGAGAUGUCCGGCCCCUACAACAGCUCCCCUCGGCCCGAGCAGCACAGGAGUUACAAAAUCCGCUUCAACAGCGUCUCUUGCUCAGACCCCCUCGUGUCCUCCUGGCGGCGGAAGAGAAAGGCGUCCAGUAACACGGACAGCGCCGGGGCCCUGGGGACCCUCAGGUUCUGUGUGUUCGGGCUGGGCUCCCGGGCGUACCCCCACUUCUGUGCCUUUGCUCGUGCGGUGGACACACGGCUGGAAGAGCUGGGCGGGGAGCGGCUCCUGCAGCUGGGCCAGGGCGACGAGCUGUGCGGCCAGGAGGAGGCCUUCCGCGGCUGGGCCCAGGCUGCCUUCCAGGCCUCCUGUGAGACCUUCUGCGUGGGAGAGGAUGCCAAGGCCGCCGCCCGGGACAUAUUCAGCCCCAAACGGAGCUGGAAGCGCCAGAGGUACCGGCUGAGUGCCCAGGCUGAGGGCCUCCAGCUGCUGCCAGGCCUGACCUACGUGCACAGACGAAAGAUGUUCCAGGCCACAGUCCUCUCAGUGGAAAACCUGCAGAGCAGCAAGUCCACUCGGGCCACGAUCCUCGUGCGCCUGGACACCGGAGGCCAGGAGGGGCUCCAGUACCAGCCAGGGGACCACAUAGGCAUCUGCCCGCCCAACCGGCCCGGCCUCGUGGAGGCGCUGCUGAGCCGUGUGGAGGACCCGCCGCCGCCGGGCGAGGCCAUGGCCGUGGAGCAGCUGGAGAAGGGCAGCCCCGGUGGCCCUCCCCCGGGCUGGGUGCGGGACCCCCGGCUGCCCCCGUGCACCCUGCGCCAGGCUCUCACCUUCUUCCUGGACAUCACUUCCCCGCCCAGCCCCCGACUCCUUCAACUGCUCAGCACCCUGGCUGAAGAGCCCGGCGAACAGCAGGAGCUAGAGACCCUCAGCCAGGACCCCCGGCGCUACGAGGAGUGGAAGUGGUUCCGCUGCCCCACGCUGCUGGAGGUGCUGGAGCAGUUUCCGUCCGUGGCUCUGCCCGCCGCGCUGCUCCUCACCCAGCUGCCCCUGCUCCAGCCCCGGUACUACUCCGUCAGCUCGGCGCCCAGCGCCCACCCCGGAGAGAUCCACCUCACGGUGGCCGUGCUGGCAUACAGGACCCAGGAUGGGCUGGGCCCCCUGCACUACGGCGUCUGCUCCACGUGGCUGAGCCAGCUCAAGGCCGGAGCCCCUGUCCCCUGCUUCAUCAGGGGGGCUCCCUCCUUCCGGCUGCCACCGGACCCCAGCUUGCCCUGCAUCCUGGUGGGCCCAGGCACUGGCAUCGCCCCCUUCCGGGGCUUCUGGCAGGAGCGGCUACAUGACAUUGAGAGCAAAGGGCUGCAGCCCGCCCCUAUGACCUUGGUGUUCGGCUGCCGAUGCUCCCAGCUCGACCACCUCUACCGCGACGAGGUGCAGGAUGCCCAGCAGCGCGGAGUGUUCGGCCGUGUCCUCACUGCCUUCUCCCGGGAACCCGCCAGCCCUAAGACCUACGUACAGGACAUCCUGCGGACAGAGCUGGCUGCUGAGGUGCACCGCGUGCUGUGCCUCGAACGAGGCCACAUGUUUGUCUGCGGCGAUGUCACCAUGGCAACCAGCGUCCUGCAGACAGUGCAGCGCAUACUGGCGACAGAGGGCGACAUGGAGCUGGAUGAGGCCGGAGACGUCAUCGGCGUGCUGCGGGAUCAGCAACGCUAUCACGAGGACAUUUUCGGGCUUACGCUACGCACCCAGGAGGUGACAAGCCGCAUUCGCACCCAGAGCUUUUCCUUGCAGGAGCGGCAUCUGCGCGGCGCAGUGCCCUGGUCGUUCGACCCGCCCGGCCCAGACACGCCCGGCCCCUGA